CAGACGGAACCGUCUGCUUGGCAACGCUAUCAGCCACUCACAAAGCCGUGAAACGGCGUUGUUCUGCUUCAAAAUGGCGCCUUCUUGUCGCUGACGGGAAGCCUUUUGUUGUUCCGUCCCCUCCUCUACGAUGCUUCUCAGAGGUUACAAACUGACGUGGGUGUUCCUGUGGCCUGCUUGGUCCCUGUGGUUCAUGUGGUGCUUGAACGUUAGCGGAGACGUCGUGUUGACCAACAACGGCUACAAGGGUGUCACCGUCGCCUUGUCGCCCCGAUUGUCCGCCGAAAAUCUUCCCCCCGAGUUUCUGCGAGACCUGCUCGAGCUCCUCAACUCCGCCUCGCAAGCUGUGUUCAAGGAGACGGACGACCGCGCCUUCUUCGAAGAGGUAACGCUUGUUGUGCCCGAGUCGCUGGACGCCGAGAACUUUCUGAACGGGACGACCAUCAAGACGUCUUCAAAUCCGAGUUUCAAGUCCGCGCACGUGUUGAUAGAGUCUGACGACGGCGCUUUGUUCGGAAGGAGCCCAUACACGUUACAGUAUGGUCCGUGCGGCACUCCUGGACUCCGCAUCGUGCUCCCAGUUUCUAACGUUCUCGGUCAGAAUGGAAGUGCUAUGGCCCGUGAGUGGUUUCGACUCCGUUACGGAGUGUUUGCAGAAGAGUUCAUUCCGAACGACCCGCUCUACUCGGAGCAUUCCCCGUCGAAGCAAAAGGUCCUUUGCGCUACUCAAACUUGUCGCGAUGUCGUGAUGCGCUCCAGUGACUUCAGCGGUAUUAACCUUUCACGGGGGUCCCCGUUUAAGCGCGUCAGCCUCAGCAUAAUCAAGGAAGCCCCUCUGGGGCUAGUUGUUGUUUGGAACGUUGGAUCGACGAAAGUUCACGAGGUAGAUAAGUACGCGGCGACACAGCGCGCGCUAUGGAAAUUCGCAAGACUCGAAGCUCCGCAUGGCGCAGAAUUAGGAAUAAUCUUCUACGGUACAGAAAUCUUCGAAACGAGCGGCAUGUUUUUACAUAUGAGUACGACGGAAAACCGCAAAAAGUUUGCUGAAGGUUUUCCUACAACGCUGACGCGUGGCGCGGACGUGACUCAAGCACUGACAAAAGCCAGGGACAUUCUUGCGGCGUCCCAUAAUCCAGACGGUGGCAGUAUCUUGCUUAUCACCGAGGAGAAUGUACCAAAUAGCGAUGUGAACGCUGCACGCAUUAUUCUAGAAAAAUCGAAUCUGAAACUGAACGCUCUUAUUGUUGGACAGCAGGAUGGAGGCAACGGUUUAGAAGAGCUUUGCUCAGGUCUGGGAGGAAAGGUUCUUUCCGUUCCCAAGGCCCCAGAAGCUGUUUCUAUAACACUGCAGAGUAACGCUAUCGCCAGUCUUGUUCUUCGUGGGAAGUCAAGUGAGGAAACAUAUUCCCCUAUAAGCGUCGAAACUGUCGUGGUCGAUGCGACACGUUCUGAUGAAGACGUUGCUGUGCCAAUAGAUGUUGACCUUCAGUCUGCUAAGGUGCUCCGCGUGUCCGUCAUUACGGAAAACAUCGACCGCACCGGUCCGUUUCAAUACUCGCUCAAAUUAUCUUCUCCGCGUGGUGACGCUGAAUAUACACUUGGGUCGUCCAACCUUGAUAUGGAAUUCCAUCAGCGGGAAUUUCGUAUAUCCAGUCCUACUUCCGGGCGAUGGACGUUGCAUAUGACGAAAGUAACGACAGUAAGUAACCCGAUCAUUGUUGACGUCAAACUUGAGCCCCGCAUCAUUGAAGACGCUCCUAUUACUCUCGACACGUGGCUCAGCUCAUCUUUCUCUGACGUUGACCCAUCUAGAGCUUUGAUACUUUAUGCAGAACUCAAAAAGGGUAGUAAGCCGGUGCGCUACGCGACUGUGACGGCAAGAGUGACCGUUCCGGAUGGAACAGAAGUUAAGGUGGAGCUCGUUGACAACGGAGCUGGAGACCCCGACAUAACCGCAGGGGACGGCAUAUACAGCCGCUACUUUACCCUCUUCUCCGAUAAAGGACGCUACUCACUUUCCGUCGUGGCUCAGGGUUCCGAAAAGACGGUAAUCGUUGGUGCUGAACAGCAGGCAGAUGAUCUUGACUCCCGAUGCUGCGGAAGUGAAUUUCCGACUACUGGGUCGCGACCUUCUGGGUCCUUCACUCGAAACGUUCAAUACGGUUCUUUUUUUGUAAUUAGCCAGAAGCCACCCGGAGACAUCUACCCUCCCAGUCGUAUAGUGGACCUUAAAGUUCUCAACGUAGAAGCCGACACUAUGCGCGUGACCCUCCGAUGGACUGCUCCUGGAAACGACUUUGAUCAGGGCAAAGCAAAGGGUUACGACAUCCGGUACUUCGACCGAGCUGUCAACUUUGCAGAAGACUUUGAUACAGAAGGAACCAAGAUAGAUCCUUUCAAUAUAGACGGCCUCUCCGGUUCUCCCAAGUUUUCCGGGGAAAUCGAAGAAGCGUCUGUCUUCAAUUUUAAGUGUUCGAGGGGACCAUCAAGUUGUUUCUUCGCAAUCAGAGCUUACGACGAGGUUAGGAGCGGCCCUGUUUCCAACGUUGUAGAAGUGACCUUCCCAGAACUGACUUCAACCGACGACGCCGACCCGAGCUUUAACCCGCAUACCGAUGGCAACGGGUCGCUUGUCCAAGAAGACAACGACAGGAAUUACGCGCGCGGAGGACUUACUACUUGGCAGCUCGGACUCGCUGUCGCAGUACCGUUGCUCAUUUUCAUAGUCCUCAUCAUUCUCCUCGUGAUGUGCUUCUUCUUCAGACGAAGGGGCAACGACGACUCAAAAGAGAGUUCUCCGCCACCGCCGACAAGACCGCGACCCAUCAUUUCGGCGCCGAUGCGAACUAAGGAGUCAACGCCAAAGCCAGUCAUCAAGGACGAGAACAAGAACCACUACGCCGUCUCCGUACUUAGUGGGAGUACCAUCAGCCCCGUCAACUCUUACUCGGCGGGCUACCUCAUGGACAAGUACGAAGAGGAAACGAAGCAGAAGCAGAAUGGCGUGAAGGCACCAACGGCUCCUUCCCGCUCGGACGUGGGUUCGUCUGACGGAGACACGUCAAUGGACACGGCCGUUGGGGAACAGAACUGGUGGACCCCGAGAGCGAGGAACAGCCAGGAGAUGGGGCUUCCGCUGAACCCGACUUACCUGGAUCGGGCAAGACCUGCCAACAACCUCGGGGCUGCGAGUAGUGGGAACGUGCCCGCCGUACCGCGGCGGAAGCACACCUUUGUCUGACAGUCGCGGCUGUUGUGCUUAAUUUACGAUGUACAUAGUUCCAUGGUAUUUAAAAACAUAUCCGCACGGAGUCCUCUUAUAUUCUAAAAUUGAGUGUAUUUUUUUCAUGAGCUCGAGUGAAUAAUUACUUUAACUGGUUUUCUUUCAGUGGUAGUUUGUUAACGAGCAGAAGCAGGUUGGUGCCACUCUCAAUUAGGCUUUGUAUUGAACAACUUGUAUGACAUCUCUCGUUAAUCUGAAGCAACUGUGUCUGAGCAUGAGAUGAAAGUGUUUUUGACCAAGUGUAGAUUUUGCUAGAAUGGUUUCAACUCACACCGAUACAACUUGUUAACCAGGGUCGACUUAGACGACUUACCGAACUCUCAGUAAGUGGUGUUCGAGAUUCAUUCACAUGAAUAUCAAAGACCCGCAACACCUCUAUAUUCACUAAGUCACUCUCUGCGUUUCUUAAACUGUCGGUAACCAUAUUGUAGUUCACGACCUCACGAGCUUGGUAGCCAAUGGGCUCACCCGUAGGGUAAUGAGUUACAAAGGUCACUACAUAUGCAUGAAUGUCAUACAAAGCGAGAGAUAUCUAGAGACACUAGUAUGAGCGUUUAGACAAAUUAUAGACUCAAUGAACGCAGAACCAAGCCGUCACUGAUGUGCGUUGCUCAAAAAUUAGCUCUACGUCACGGAAUGCGAUGGGUUUGUUUUAUGUAAAAUUCGAGGCUUAAGUGAUCCUGGCAAAAUAACUUGACAUGUUCAUUUUUUGUUUUAAGUUCGAGUCUAUCUUGUGAAUUGAGCUCACGUUGAAUGGCAUAAUGCUGUUCUCUAACUUCGCCACUAAUUUUGCUCUAGUAUUUUACGUUGAUGCUCUUUUCUACUCCCAAAAGAGGAUACCAAUGCGCUUAUGAAAUUUCUUUGGUUUACUGGCAAGACAAACGCGUUGCAUCUUUAAUAUAGAAGGUAAAAUAUGUUUGUGUGUUGCAAUUUGAAAAAUUCUACGAGAUUCCGGUCAGCUGAGUGAAUGCUAAAUUCAUUGGUGUUUUAUAGUUUUUGUUUAAAUGAUGUUGUUUAAGUCACAACCAAAUUUUAGUGUCAUGUGGUGUUGUGUGCAUGGUUAUAUAUAGUCAUUUUUAUCAUAGUAACAAAAUGUGUGGCGUGCUAAAAGUUAGAGCUUACUUUUACUUCAUUCAUGCUUGCUUCUAUUUUUAUAUUGCAAUAAGCAUUUUGUACGAGGGUGCACGACGGUUCCUACAGUGACAUCGGUGAUCACGAGCUAGCACCUGAAUUUGUAUAUAUUGUAAUAUAACAUAUAUGCACAAGAAACACGUAACUUAAAAAUAUAAUCUAAUGAUUAUUACAUCAUUCAUAUUAUUUAACAGGGUAAGAACGUCUUGCGUGUUCACGAAGGGCUGUUCAAAUGUAUGUACCGCAACAAGCGAACACGGUUAUGAAACUCGCUGAACUUAAUGUCAGUAGAAACAAAUAAGAAAGUUGAUGCGUAUACGCUUUUACAGUGCCAGACGUCGAACGAAUCCGAGCGACUCACAAAACGCGCUGGGUGAGCCCUGUAGCACAUCUAAGUAAUGCAGCUUAUUCACCCUUGCCUGGGUGUGACUUGCAGUGACUGGCAUGCCUGAAUGUGGAUGCAUUAUUGCUUAAUUUGCUUACUGUUUAGGACUUUAUGAUAUCUCUUUUUUUCUAACUCCAAAAUGUGGUGUAAUUGUGUGUGUUUUUGCGUUUCGUUUUUUUUUUUAAGUGUAUAGUUGUAACUUGUUAGAGUGGAGAGCUAUACCAUACUUUGUACGACGAUAUUGUCGUCGGGAGUUUUAGCUGCUAGCAAUGUUGUACACGUUCUUCAAAAAAAAAAAAAAAAAAAAAAGAAGAAGCAAACGCUCGUUUUUCGUUUCUUCUGAUUUUUGGAACGCUUUCCUGUUACAAUGUUUUUAUUCAUUAAUUAUUUAUUUAUUGAUCCCUUAAAUGUCCACGUUGUGUUUUACAUAAGGGGGCAGGCAGUCUUUGUACGAUUCAGGUACACAGUACAAACAG